UUUGGAGGAUAUCUCUGCGAGCUGCGAGAGACAUAUUGCAUUCUAGCAGGGAGGAAGAAGCAAAAGAGAGCUGGACUCGAACUUGCGUAUUGGUUCUUACACAGGCCAGCAUGUGGACACAGUCAUGCAUGUCCUUGAAUACAUCUUCUGUAAACCGGAUAACAAGAUGCUGUUAAGACGAUUAUACAGUUGCAGAAACUACAGAGAUCUCGGAACCAUCUCAAGAUGCUCUUGGUGCAUCAACAGAAGAUCAGAAGUGGACCAUGCUUAUCUUGAUGCUACAGGGAACAAUGGUACAGUUGCCCCAUCCACUGUCAUCUCUGAACAUGCUGAAGGGCUGCCUGAAGCCAGGAACUUUCAGCGUUUAACAGAGGAGCAAGGCCAACUCCUAAGAAAAUGUCGAAGUGUUCAACAUUACUAUGAGACGGGAACUGAAGAUGAUAGACUGUAUUAAUUCAAUCAAAAGCCACAAGUGUUUGAAUUCUCUGAAGUGGAAUUAAAUAAAAAAACACAUUACACAGUUGGAUAACGACAGAUUGCACACUGAAACAAUAAUAAGUGUUCAAAGUGCUAGUACAUCUUGUACAUAGUGUCAAGGUGUCCAAGCAUGUCUCUGUAAGCCAAUGGUUCACUGCAUAUGAGGUUAAUUUAUAUCUUACAGUGGAUUGCAGCAAAAGGCCAGAGGAAAAUAUGUUUUGAUUCUCAUCCGUAUUUUGAAGAAAAAAAUGGGGCUGAAUGGCAUAUUUUAUUUAUUUUUUAUUUGACGGGCGGGCUGGGA